UUGGCUUUUAAGAGAGUACAGGACCAAUCAUUGCGUAGAUUUUUACUGGCUUCCGUGAAUGACAAUUCAGGAACUCCUGCUCAUGCUCACACCGCAUGUAGCGCAAAGAAGGAGGCGUAAACACUGACAGAGCUUUAUAGCUAACGAGGUUAUGGAGAUGAGCUGCAGCAGCGAGUGCUUUGGAUGUGGCCGCUCAGGACACUGGAUCAAACAUUGCCCCAAUGUGUGCGGUAGCGGUUCACGAGGACGUGGACGAGGCAGGGGACGAUGCAAGGCAGACAUGACCUGCUAUCGUUGUGGCGACCUAGGCCAUAUGGCGAGGGACUGUGACCAAACUGAAGAUGCAUGCUACAACUGCCAUAGGACUGGCCACAUUUCUCGUGAUUGCAAGGAGCCCAAAAAGGAGAGGGAGCAACUCUGCUACACUUGUGGCAAGUCCGGUCACAUGGCCCGGGACUGCGAUGCAAACGAGCAGAAAUGUUACUCCUGCGGCGGCUUUGGCCACAUCCAAAAGCUUUGUGACAAGGUGAAAUGUUACAGAUGUGGAGAGAUUGGUCACGUCGCAGUGCAUUGCACUAAAGCCAGCGAGACCAACUGCUACAAAUGUGGAAAGGCGGGCCACCUGGCAAAAGAGUGCACGUGCGAAGACACCGCAUAAUCGGUGCCCUCGGUUGCCCCUCCUUUUUUUUCAGAUUGAUGGUUGGUUGUAUUAUUUUUCUCUGAAUCCUCUUCACUGGCCAAAAGGUUGGCCAAUAGAGGCUAGUCCCGGGCCAGUGAGCCUCUCGAUAUGUAAUGAAAGGGGUGAAAAAAAUCUUUCUGCAUUCAACACAAAAUGUUUUAGUUUGGUAGCAGUGUUAUGUAUAAUGCUUUCUUAAAGGACCCCCAGCCCCUUUCCAAGCCACUGGUGAUCAGAGAUGAAUCAAUGGGACUAAACAUGGGAAUCUGUAGGACCUCUGAGCUCGUUGGAGUGAAGAUCUUGUCAAGAGAUAAAAGGGAGUAAACGGAAACCGAACUUCCAUGUAUGGUUAUAUUUUGGUUCGUUUUAGGGAGUUGAGUUGGCCAAGGGAGAAUGACAUGGAAACAUUUCAUAUCAUGAUGCAUUUCAGCACUACAUGCAGCUAAGUAGGCACCGAAAAUAUUUUCUCUUGCAAAGGAAAAAGCAUUUUGGAGGUAUCAAAGGAGCAACUUCUAUUACAGAAAUCUGUUUACAAUUUAAAAACAACUUUCAAGGCCAAGGUUGAUGUUUCCUUUAAAAUGGCCUAGGAAAUAUGUUCUUUUUACCAAGUUGAAUUCGAAACACCGCGUGCGGUUGACAGAACAGGUGAAUUUGGAGUUAUUUCGGAGUGGGAAGUUUUCACAGAAAUCAAAAAUGUUAUUUUUGUACAAUAUCACUUAGACUACUGUAUAAAGACCAUUUGCUUGUACUCAGUUUUUAAGUCGGAAGGAAAGUGCAACUGAAGUCCUAGAAAAUAGAAAUGUAAUUUUAAACUAUCAAUAAAGCUGGAGGAGCACGGA